UUGAACAGCUAUACCGUUGUUUAAAGUAAAAUAAGUUUCAAUUCAAAGACUUUGACACUCACAAUCUCACAAAUACAUAUUAAUACUUCAAUUAUUACCACCAUUUCUCUUCACAUUCUCUUUCUUCUUUCUUUACAUUUUUUUUAUUUAUUUAUUUUUCUCUCUUCAUAAAUAAAUCCUUUCUCAAUCUUCCAAACGGAUUUUAUUUCCACUUCCACGCCUGAGUUUUUCUUUUUUUUUGUUUUUUUUCCAAAAUCCCAGAAAAGCUUUGAUUUUUAGAGCUUUUCUCUUUCUGGGUCUUUGAUUUCUGAGAAAAAGUUCUCUUCUUUGAGAGGCAUAGCAAAAAAAAAAUCUGACCUUUUUCCUUGCUUUGCUGGGUUUUUGGGUUUUGUUUCAUUCUUUUGAGUUUUCACAUUGGUGAAGGAUUUUCCCGAGAAACAAACAAGAAGAAAAAAGUUUCUUUCUUUCUUUCAAUGGCUUCUUCUUCUUCUAAGGUGUCGUUUAUAUUGACCAUUCUCCUGGUCUUUUCCGUCGUUUUCAUAGCUAUAGCCGGAAACCACAACAAUCUCAACAGCCCCAAUGGCUCUGCUCUCUCCGGCAUCGAGUUUCCUGAGCAUAUGAGCUUUAAUGUCGUCUCUUCCUCAGAAAACAGUGGCUGCAGCUUCUCCACUUCCCAAAACGACAACCAACCUACAACAAACGACAAUAUUGACUCUCUGUUUUCACUAAAGCCAGAUAAACAAACAGUCAAGCUCCACCUGAAACGGCGGUCGGAGAAUAAAGAAACCGAGCCAAAGAAAUCUCUGAUAAGCUACUCAAUCAGAGACACAGCAAGAAUCCAAACCCUUCACAGAAGAGUAACAGAGAAGAAGAAUCAAAGCACUGUCUCAAAAAAACAAAACAAGAAAUCACCAACAAAGGAGCAAAAAAAAACCAUCUCAGCAACCGCGCCGGCGCCGGCGCCGGAAUCAUACAAGAGUGAGUUUUCGGGUCAACUCAUUGCGACUUUGGAAUCGGGAGUUGGGUUCGGGUCAGGUGAAUAUUUCAUGGAUGUUUUCGUGGGCACACCUCCAAAACACUAUUCCUUAAUUCUUGACACAGGUAGUGAUUUGAAUUGGAUUCAGUGUGUUCCAUGCCAUGAUUGUUUUGACCAAAAUGGUCCUUAUUAUGAUCCAAAACACUCAACCUCAUACAAAAGCAUUACUUGUAAUGACCCCAAAUGUGAAAUGGUCUCAUCUCCUGACCCUCCUCAGCCUUGUAAAUCUGAUAACCAAACAUGCCCUUAUUACUAUUGGUAUGGUGAUAGUUCCAACACAACAGGGGAUUUUGCUCUUGAAACUUUCACAGUUAACCUCACAACCCCGAAUUCGGGGAAAGGCGAAUUCCGGCGAGUUGAGGACAUCAUGUUUGGAUGUGGGCAUUGGAAUAGAGGCCUGUUUAGAGGGGCUGCAGGGUUGUUAGGACUUGGUAGAGGACCUCUUUCAUUUUCAUCACAGCUUCAAUCACUAUAUGGUCAAUCAUUUUCUUAUUGCCUUGUCGAUAGAGAUAGUGAUACCAAUGUUAGUAGUAAGCUGAUUUUUGGUGAGGACAAAGGGUUGUUAGCUCACCCUGAAUUGAAUUUCACUACUUUGGUCACAGCCAAAGACAUUCCUGUUGACACAUUUUACUAUCUUCAAAUUAAGUCCAUACUUGUUGGAGGUGAAAUUCUCAACAUAUCUGAGGAGACUUGGAAAUUGUCAUCAGAAGGGAGUGGUGGGACUAUCAUUGAUUCAGGUACAACACUUAGCUAUUUUACUGAUCCUGCUUAUCAAGUUAUUAAAGAAGCAUUUUUUAACAAGAUUAAAGGGUACCAAACUGCUGAGAUUGAAGAUUUCCCUUUGGAUCUUUGUUACAAUGUUUCUGGUGUUGAUAAUUUGGACCUACCAGAUUUUGGGAUUGUGUUCUCAGAUGGAGCUGUUUGGGAUUUCCCAGUUGAGAAUUACUUCAUUCAAGUCUAUCCUCAAGAAAUUAUUUGUUUGGCUUUUAAGAAUACUUCUUCUAAUGCUCUUUCCAUUAUUGGAAACUACCAACAGCAAAAUUUUCACAUUCUUUAUGAUACAAAGAAUUCUAAGCUGGGAUUUGCACCAAUGAACUGUGCCAAUGUUUAGAGAAAAAAAACACUUCUCAAAAGAUUGAAACAAGUGUAAACAUGGUGGUUCGAAUAGUCAUAUAUAUUUUUUUUUCAUUUUUUUUUACAGGUACAAAAUUAGAUUCAUUUGUUUUUUUUUCCAAUGUUACAUACUGAUGAUAAUAGAUAUAGUAACAUGAUGUAUUGUAUUACAAAGAAUAUAUCAAUGCAUAAUUUAUAUUAUUAUUAA